GAGGAGUCAGCUUGCCCAUUGCCUUACGGCUAGUGGCGCAUAAGAGCCUCGCACUACCCAGGCAACGCUACCGUGGCACUGCUUUCCUUUCUUUCCGGGCUUGUCCCCUCCGGCCAUCCAGCGACCACCACCGCCGCCGCCGCCGUCCCCUCCGACGCCACCUCCUUCGUCUCGAUCCCUCCUCCGCCUUCGUCUCUUUGCACGUGCAAUCCCGACGGUUCGCAAGAUCAAGACUGCAAGAUGGUCCGCAACAUUGUCGUCCUCGGCGGUAACUCUCACCCCGAAUUGGUGGAGAGCGUCUGUGGUAUUCUCGGCCUGCCCGCCUGCAGCAGAAUCCUGACCAAGUUCUCCUCUGGCGAAAGUCGCUGCGAGAUUCAGGAUUCCGUGCGCGGAAAGGAUGUCUACAUUAUCCAGACUGGCUUCGGUGGCAAUGGCAGCAGGCUCAAUGAUCACUUCAUGGACCUCUGCAUCAUGAUCUCUGCCUGCAAGACUGGUUCUGCUCGCAGAGUCACCGCUGUCCUUCCCUUGUUCCCCUACUCGAGGCAACCCGACUUGCCCUACAACAAGGCCGGCGCUCCUUUGUACAAGGCGCCCACCCCCAGCGGCGAGAAUGGAAAGAAGGAGUACACUUUCGACAGUGUCCCGCCCACCCCCGGUCCCGGCGUGCCCAAGACUUCCGGCCUCACCAACAGCUCCGACAUCGCCAACCAGAUGAUCAAGAACGCCCUGACGAACGGUGUCUCUAAGGAGCAGUAUACUACCCAUGACUAUGAGAAUCUCUCCAUCGUCAACGGUUUCCAGGCCAAGCCCGGUUACAAGCAGUGGGUUGCGCAGGCGGGUACCCUUGUGGCCAACCUUUUGACCUGCGCCGGCUGCGACCAUGUCAUUACCAUGGAUCUCCACGACCCUCAAGUCCAAGGAUUCUUCGAUAUCCCUGUCGAUAACCUCUACGGACAACCGCUUCUUAAGCGCUACAUCCAGCAGCACAUUCCUAACUGGAGGGAUGCCGUCAUUAUCAGCCCCGAUGCUGGUGGUGCCAAGCGCGCGACUGCCAUUGCGGACAGCUUGGGCAUGGAGUUCGCCCUUAUUCACAAGGAGCGCCGCCCUACCAAGAUUACCGAUCGCCAGAACGCUAGCAUGAUGCUCGUGGGUAACGUUACUGACCGCGUUUGCAUUCUGCUCGACGACAUUGCCGAUACCGGCAACACUAUCACCAGAGCUGCUAAGCUUCUUAAGAAGGAGGGCGCCACCACCAUUUACGCCCUGUUGACUCACGGUGUCUUCAGCGGUGACGCUAUCAGCCGCGUCAAGGCUUCGGCGAUUGACAAGUUGGUCGUUACCAACUCUGUUCCCCAGGACGAGCACAAGAAGCAGCUUGGAUCCAAGCUCGACGUCUUGGACAUCUCCCCCAUCUUCGCCGAGGCGAUGCGGCGCGUCCACCACGGUGAAUCGAUCAGCGUGCUCUUCAACUACGAGUAAAACUGCAUAUAUAACCUUGGACAGACAUGAUCAGCAUUUUCUCGAUUAUCAUAUCCGGCGUUUUCGUUUUUCAGUUUUUGGGGCUGCACUUCCACGGGGGUAAACAAAAAAAGAAUACACUUAUAUCCAUCACAUCUGGAGGCUAUACAGAG